AUUUGGUGAAUAGCUAGAUAUGACGCCGCAAAAUUGCAUUCCAUUUUGGUGAGAAGACACACACACACACACACAUAUAUAUGUAAUGAUGGAGAGCUCAUUAGGAGUGAGGAAAGGUGCUUGGAGUGAAGAAGAAGAUCUCCUCCUCCGGAAGUGCGUCAACAAAUAUGGAGAAGGAAAUUGGCACCAAGUUCCCGCCAGAGCAGGCUUGAAUAGGUGCAGGAAGAGUUGCAGACUGAGGUGGCUGAACUAUCUGAAGCCAAACAUAAAGAGGGGAGAGUUUGAAGAGGAUGAGAUUGAUUUGAUCCUUCGCCUCCACAAGCUUCUCGGAAACAGGUGGUCGCUGAUUGCGGCACGACUACCGGGAAGAACAGCAAAUGACUUGAAGAAUUUCUGGAACACUCAUGUGGUGAAGAAGGGUAAUGCCUCUCGCAAGGACUUGAGCCAUCAUCAGAAGCAUAAGCCUCAGAAUCCAGUCAAAGUCAACGUCAUCAAGCCUCGUCCACGGACCUUCAAGACUGCUGCGCGAAUAAGGCCCGAGGGAGAAGCCACGACAUUAAUGGCCUCCCCACCCGGUUGGGCCGGCGUUCUACAUGGAGACGAGCACUUAAGCUCGAAGCCACCUGCACCGCCACAUCAAUCGCAGCCUGCUUCCCUGGAGAAUGAGGUGACCUGGUGGGAAAGCCUGUUCCCAUUGUCAGACAAGUCCUCCGAUGAAGAGGGCAGCCGCGGCAUGGACACGACAUCACACUCGUUGAACACAAACUCAAAUAGCUGCAGCCUGUUGUGUGGACACUUAUGGUCUCGGGAAAUGGUAGAUGACUAUCAGCAGCAGCACGAAAACGGUUGGAAUAACGAAUUUUUCGAUGACAUGGCGCUCAGCUGGUGGGAAGUUCCAGGUGUCAGUAACCAAAUAAUUGUCUAGUAAUUACAAGCUUAAAUUUUAUUUAUAUAUAUAUUAUUGGGGUAUUUACCUAAAAUGGCCCAUGGUUUGCCCGUUUUGUCAAAUCUAUCCUAUGUUUUUUUUUGUCAAAUCUAUCAUAUGGUUUACUUUUUGCAU